UGUGUGUAUGUGUGUGUGUGUGUAAUAAUAGCCUCGGUGAUCCUGGCUGUACUUGCCCCCUGGUAGUUUCUGAGUUGAGCUGAGUGGAUGGAGGCAGGCAGCAACUAGCUAGUCAAAACACUCACAGUGACAGCGAUGAACCGACAAGGUUUUGGUGGGGCUCCAUCAUCCAUAAACUUCUCCACGGGGAUAACAGGAACAGCCAUCAAUGAAUGCCCACCCUCAGAUUUGACAGAGGAGGACUUAGACAGUUUACGGGUUGAACUUUCAAAGACGGAGGAUGAAAUUCAGACCUUGCGACAGGUGCUUUUGGCCAAAGAAAAAUAUGCAGCAGACAUCAGGAGGCAGCUGGGUAUGAGCCCUCUCAGUAACAUCAAACAGAACCUGUCCAAAGGCUGGCAAGAAGUCCAAACCUCAGCCCCAUAUCUCACUGCCUCUGCCACAUUGGAGGACAUCAGCCACUCCACUGUAUAUGUGAGGACACGGGAGAGUCUCUCUCAGGCAGGCCAGGUGACGUCUUCUGCGCUGUCCACUAUGGGCGUGGUGAUCACCAGGAGACUGGCCGAGAUGAGACGCUGGUGUGACGUUAUCUGUGUGUCUGUCUUUAUCUUCAUGCUUCAAACUCAACAGAGCUCUGCCUCUUCCAAGCCCACCACGCACCCUGAGCCACACCGUAAGUGUCCCGACUAUGAGAAACUCUUCGACUUUCAAGUCUUUUGAGGACAUGGUUGGCAAUGUGAAGGAUAAGGUGGCUGGCAGUAUGACAAAUAAUGGAGAUACAUCUGGGUUUGAAAGAAGAUCAUCACGCCACAACACAUGAGAUAAAAUACUACAUUUAAUUAUUUUUCAUAUCUUGUAAAGUUAUGAAAGAAUGUUAUGUUCACCCUUGUCAAUGUGAAUUUGUCCGAUGUUAUUUCUGACUGUUAAUUAAUACAGAAUGACAAAUAGAAUGUAUUAAAUUUGUAAUGCAAACUCAUUUUAAUCUCAAAUGUCAAAAUAAUCUUUCAAUAUGUAAUAUUUCAGCAUGUUUCAUAAAUGUAAUUAUUUUUAGUACAGUAAAAACAUCUUCUAAAAUCAACUGAA